GAAGAGAGAUAGAGACGGUGGAGAAACGAGGCCUCCGUGUUCCCUUUGAAGGCACUCGGCGGUCCACCUGCCGCCGCUGUCGGUGGCUGUGCAGAAUGCGGGGGCGGUGGUGCGGCGACACGAACGGAGACCAGUGAUGCUCUUCACGGUUCCACGGAUUGAUCUUCGAACGGUUCGCUCCCGUUCCUGCGAACGCUCUCCGACGAGACACAUCUACACGCCCUGGACCAGCGAGUAAACUCGGCUGUUUUGUCAACUGCUUUCACGUGGUGGCCUCAUAUUUUCGAGACGUCGCAAAACACGCUACUCCAUCGACGAGGAUCCAGUGAGAUCUUCGUCAGUGUGUAGGUUUGACUGUGGAAACGAUUCCUGGCUGGGCACCGGUGAUGCACAGUGUUUUUAAUCCUGUGGAAAGCAAUCUACACUUGGUGGACCAUUCAACAAUUUAAAACACUAGUAGGAGCUGGCCUCCAAAACUGAAGCACCACGAGGACAUGGACUUCCAGUUGGCUUCCCAAGCACCUCGACUUCCAGGAACCCAAGACAACAGGGUAGAAAAAAGUAGUAACGCACAGUGUUUUUAAUCCUGUGGACUCAAAGGAGUCUACACUUGGAGCGUUCAACAAUUUAAAACACUAGUAAGAGUUGGCCUCCAAACCUGAAGCAUCACCAGGACAUGGACUUCCAGUUGCAGCAGUGAACUCUCACUAACCUAAACCGGGAAUCUUCGAGAAUCUAAAGCACACCAUCUUGGCUUCUGGAGGAGUUGGCUUCCCAAGCACCUCGACUUCCAGGAACCCAAGACAACAGGGUAGAAAGUAUUAACGCACAGUGUUUUUAAUCCUGUGGACUCAAAGGAGUCUACACUUGGAGCGUUCAACAAUUUAAAGCACUAGUAAGAGUUGGCCUCGAAACCUGAAGCACCACGAGGACUUUCAGCUACAGGGUGGACAGUAGUGACAGAGCACAGUGGAUAGACACGAUAUCUAAAAUCCUGUGAAUUCUCCCUAUCUUGGAGUCUUCAACAACCACUAAAGCGCACCAUCAGGCGUCCCAAGCACCAUGAAGACCUAGACUUAGACUUCCGUAGUCAUCGCAAGGACCGUCGAUGAGGGCUGACCCUCGGAUAGGAGGCUCGUCAAUCGACCCGAUCCAAGCAGUGAUCAAUCCUCUUGGUCCACUCGCAGAGACAUCCACCGAGGAGAUGAGCGUCGUCGACCUAAUGACGUUCCUGGACGUUUGCCAGCUCUAUCUGCAGACCAGGCGGAAGUCUCGUAGCCUGUGCACCCUGUGGGCCAUCGUCACGUUCAUUCGCACGGAGGACACCAGCGAGUUCGUGCGCUGGUGUCACGCGUACACCGUGCCCCAUCUGCGAUAUCGAAACGACUCCGUCGGUCCCCAGGUGAAAGAGAAGCCGAGGGUCGACAAGUUGAUCCUGCAGCACCUGCAGGAGCUGUUCAACUGUGGCUGCAUUCCGUCGUGCGAUAUCGGUUUAUGAACGGUGGCUCUAGGACAAGCUUAAGUAUGACGAACUCGUAUUCGAAUCGCGGUCUGGAGUCAGGUCUUCUUCGUGGUGGGAGGUUGUGAGAUCCAGGAGCGUACUGAGACCACUUUUACUGUAUUUCGAUACCUAGUCACAUGGUAGUCUAAGAGCCAGCGAGGAUCCUACUUACGUCAUUUUUAAACUAUCGCGGACACGCGUGUGGAUGAGGCUAGACCAUCUUAGCGAGAGGGAUGUCUGAAAGCGACGGAGAGCAGAUAGCUCGGUCGGUGGCGUUGGAGCAAGCCUACGUCCAUGAAGUUUACGAACAAUGCGCCGAGAAGACUGUCCAGAGCAGACACUGGCCGCGGAUCUAUCAGUUUCUCGAGGAGUUGGAGCCGGGCGCCCUCGUCUGCGACAUUGGUUGUGGUAACGGGAAGUACCUCAGCGUUAAUCACAGCAUCUUUAAGGUGGGAGUGGACCGGUGCAAGCGUUUCACGGAUAUCGCGCGUGAGAAGGAAAAUGAGGUGCUAAUGUGCGACAAUCUUGCCCUGCCGUUUCGAGAUGAAAGUUUCGACGCGGUCCUUUCGAUCGCUGUGGUGCACCACUUCGCCACGACGGAGAGGAGGGUUCACGCGCUGAAAGAACUCGCUCGGGUACUGCGAAUCGGUGGCCGUUUAGUCAUAUCCGUAUGGGCUAUGGAACAAAGGCAUAGAAAGUUCGAGUCUCAAGAUGUUUUAGUGCCAUGGCCCAAAGCGUAUUGCGCGAACUCCGCGCUGGACAGGUCGAAACGCACCGGAGCGCCGAACCUCAACGACGUGCACUCUAAUCAAAACGCUCAAAAGUACUUAUCUUCCAAAAGGAACAGCCAACGAAAAUGCAAAAGCAAGAGCUAUUGGAUCGACCCGAUAUUCAGCCCGUCGCCGUCUACCAGCAGCCUAUCCAGCCCCAACGAGACCUGCUACAGCUUUUUUCGCCGCGCUUUGCAGAAACUAGCCGGAGGUAGACGUGGAUCCGGAAGUCGGCCUUGGUUUCUUGAAAGCUGGCAGAGCGGCAGCGGGAAGAGUCGAAGGGACUACGAGCAAGACGAGCCUCCCGACGUGGACGAGCUGCCCAUCGAGUUGCGCCGCGUCGAGAACGUGAACGUGACGCUGAACAAGCAGUCGGAUUCGUUGAGCAUCAAGUCAAAGAGCCUCGGCGACAUCCUGGAGAUCCAACGGGUGGACCUGGUGAGGUCCAGAUCCAGCAUCCCCGGUCUGUGUUCCGUGUUGACGUCCGAAACGAAUUUGGACGGCGAUUCCAGGACCUCAUCGUCGAUGAGUGGCUCGAAGCCACGGUUAGUCAAGCAGAAGUCUCACGUUGACGACGUCGGUUUGGAAAAUCCUGAUUACACUGCCAUUCAAGAUCUAACUAAGGACGUUCCAGACUUUCAAAUAACAUCCAGUCACUGCUCGAAGCGAGGGAGCAUCGUGAAACAGAGCUCGAUGAACGAGGAGCUGAUGUCCACGGAGAGGCUGGAGGAGAAGAAGAGGUUGCGACGGAACAUAACGAAGCAGGCAUCCCUAAACGAGGAUCUGAUCUACAAAGGAAACACGUUCGAAGCUCUCAGAGAGUCCCUCUACUCUGGCAACGCGACUAGAAGGUUUCAGCUGUUAAAAAGUGGCCUUACGAACAAGAUUAGACAGUCGACGACAAACAUCGAGGUGUCGGGGUUGUCGCUCAAGAACGGUUUCGUGAAGAUCCUUCAGGGUUGGAAGUCGGUGGACAGCGAUACGCCGGCAUCGGACACGGCCAACGACGAGUCGUCGAAAACGAAAGCAAACGAGAAAAACCAGCCCGCGGCUACGCCGAAGAAGGAAGCGGAGGGCGUCGAGAGACGCCUGUCUCGAGAGGACGGUUCAGACUCGUCCAAGGACAGCAGUCUGCAGAGCGACACGAGCGUCGACUCCGAGGACAGUUUCGCGUCCGUGAUCUACGUGCCAAAGCAGGACGCACCGCCUUUGGCGGAUAUUAUACCGGUAGCCACUGGUUACCAGAUAGGCAGCACGUCAGCUCCUCCUUCGCCGCGCGUUAAAUAUCCACCGGAUAUAUCCAAUGCGAGGCUCAAGCUCAUUUCCAUAUCGCCCCUGCUCAAACAGUUCCCAGCUACGAGCAAGUCCUUGCCUCCGCCCAGUCCGCCUGGUUUGUCUCCUCGUACCCUCAAUCCGAUGUUCACGAGGCCGUUUUUUGCUUCCACAACCUCUGCCCCGCAACCGUUGCCCGAGGAAACGACGAUUGUCGCAAAGAAAACGGACGUCUCGAACGGUAAUAGUCAGUCACCGAAUACAGACCUGCAGCCGAGCAGAAGGAACAGCGAGGUCGAGACGGUUCCCAGUAGAAAUAGUUCCUUCGAAGGGAAGAAACCCAAUCUGCAAGCCAUACGCGCCUAUCGGUCCAUGUCGGAGACCGUCGACAUCGAGGAGCCCAAGACCAUCGAGGACACCGCUCCCCUGCUACCAACUACGGAGGAACCCUGCGAGAUAGCGUCGCAAGAGAAGAGCCAGGAGAUCGCGAAGGAGGAGGACAGCCGUAAAGCCAGGUUGAAUCAGAUAAAGGAGCUGUUGAAACAGAAACCAGGUUUCGCGACGCGAACAAAGCCAUCCUUUCCCCUGGUUAGGCGCGCCUCGACCACGGCCAGCGGUCGUUUGGAGACCGUUACGAAAGUUCUGCCGCGGUUGCUCUCCCUGGAGUUAUUCAAUCCCGAAACGGACGACUUGGACAGCGAUUCCAGCGGAGUGUCCUCGCCUGAGUCGGUGGGCUCGGUGAUCAGCGUGAUCUCCGAUGAAAGGUACAUAAAAAAGGAGAGCACCAAGUCCGAGGGCACCGAGUCAGAAGUGUUGGACAGUUCUGCGGAGAACGUGUCGGAUCCCAGCGACACGACCGCGGAUGAGUCGUCGGGGUACGUGGCAGACUCUAAAGAAGAAGAUACCAAAGGGGACAGCACUUCGUCUCAGUCUUCGAGGCUCAUAGAGGCGGUAGCCACCGUCGCCAGCUCCUUGGAGGACGCCGUGGAGACAGCCAUCCAGAAAACGCAAAGUCGAUCGCACUCGUCUCAACCGACGCAACAGACCGUCGAAACGUCGCUCACCGGUGAAAGCAAACUCAGAACUAAGCACUCAGGUUUGAUCGACAGCUACCAGUUGCCCGAAGUAGAGGACACCUGGAGCGAGGAGUGCCGCAAGCAUUUGAUAGACGUCACCGAGAAGCUCAGCGAGAAUCUGAUGCAAGACACCGAUCAGUACGGUCGGAAACUCGAGAACCAGGUGGACAGAAGCACUCAGAUCCUGUAUGACACGUUGUCAACGACGAGAGGAGACCUGGACAAGCGCGGUACGAUGCCGUACGAAAUCAACCUAGCCAGGUCCGUGAAGCCUAGUAAAUACAACGACAUGUCUAACACGAUCGCUUGGCUGAGCAGCAAUAGCAACGGUUUCACAGAGAGCACCGAGAAGAUAGGCUCGGAUGUCGGCAAUCUGAACGAGUUCGAAGACAAGAUGCACCGAAGCACGUCCGAGGACAUAAUGGACUUCGUGAUGGUCUCGAACACCGGCGAGUUCAUGAACGAAAGGGAGAACGCUUCGUUGGAUAAGCAUCCUUCCAAGCCAGCGUAUCUCAGGGCGGCGAACUCAAUGGAAUCGAGCGACAUCGGCGAUUCCAUCGACAAUACGAUCAGCCUCAGCGACGGUAGCCACGCGGAGUCGACGGGGAGGCUCUGCAGCAGCAUGGUGUCCCUUCUGUCGUCCAACAACACGGAGUACCCGAAAUCGUACGCGGAGAAACGCAGACUCCAGAUACAAAGGCGAUCCGCCUCCGAGGAAACGCCAUCCAGGUACCCAGACAACAGCAAACGCAGCACCGAUUGCCUGGUUACCACCACGAGAAGCAACGACACCCUGAGCGCGUCCUCGUCCCAGGAGUCCUUGCCGUCGGACCGCGGCGGCGGUGCGAUCACAUACCAUCAGUACUAUCACGUGUUCAGGGAGGGCGAGCUGGACCAACUGAUCAACAAAUACGUGGAGAACUUGCACAUUAUCUCGUCCUACUACGACCACGCGAGCUGGUGCAUCGUCGCGGAGAAGGUGCAGGUCUGGACUAUAUGACUCGAGGCCUGUGCUCGAGUCAUGCGCACAAUCCUCUGCGCGUCGGUUUCUCAAGCGUCGCGCUCGUUGCGCUACCGCGCCGUCAGGCGGAUCACUUAUCGGGGAAGUUAAUCAGUUCGUAAAGCUUUACUCGAGAACGUCGUUUCGCGUGAAACCAGCCAUCUUUUUUUUAGCAACAUAUUGGUCUUGGCUGAGAUUUCGAUACGUUGCAGUCUUUCGUUAGUCUUGACCCAACGCAUUAAAUACAGAGAUCUGGGAUUCUUGGAUCCUCUCGGGGUUUACAGGUAGUCUAGCUAUCUUAACGAGUCCUUCGAACGAAGAAACGUCGCGUUAAAAGAUGAUGUUUUUAAGUUAACUCCUCAGCCAAACUCGAAAUGUUGCUCCAAGAUGUGUCGCUUGUUUCGCGUGGAACGACUCUGUAGCGUUAUCCUUGCGGAUUACGCGCGGUACCUACGCGGUUUCUUUGCGUUUAGUCUAUCGAAAGCAGAUGGAUCAUCCUGGAUUUUCUCUCGUUCUUUUUCUAGAGGCAAACACACCAAGAACUAGAGAUGGAUAAAAUUUGAUGAGACCUUUGCUCGUGUCUACCAGGUACCGCGUAAACCGAGGAGGAACGCUACGUCUCGCAACUAUCUAAGAUCUCUAGCGUAUAAAAUCGUAUAUCCAUGACGUAAUAUAUCGGUGCAUUGUGUUGAGUUGCAAACAAUAUCUAAUAUCAUUCGCUGUGUACCAAAAGAAAGGGGGCGUGAACGCGAGGCGUGAAAAGGGAUUAGGGGGUAGGUUAAACGAAGAGGAAGGCGACGUGUAAAUAUGUAAAAUAAAACCGUUUCCGACGUAAGCGCACAGAUCGGCAAACAAAGGUAUUCAUCGAUAAGCGACACUUGAUAGAAUAGAGAUUUGUAUCGUUCGUCUAAGCGCUUGACCAAAAAAUGUUUCUUCGUUCACUUGUUUAAUCCGUUCGUCUUUGAUUGACCCCCGUUGGAAAUCCAUUCUAGCCUCGAACGGUGAUACGUAGUCUUAGUUUAAGCGUUAGGUCCGUGGUUCCUAAUCUUUUUCAUCGCUGAACACCUGUUACGAUCACUAAAUCCCCUUUCCCAUUCCUGAAACUGUAACACGUUCCAACUAUCCGUAAGGUAAAAUAUCUUCUGUGCACUAUGUUCGCGGACUAUUCGGAUACAUUCGGUUUCGCUCACUUAUCGGCUAAAAGCUGGGGCUAUUUCAUAAAAUUUUGCAGGCUUCGAACGUUUCAACACUCGACGAAUGUCGUCCGAGUACUUAACGUACCCGUAAAGUAUUCGAAUCCAAAAAAUUGUUGGUAUAGUCCCAGGUCCAAUUCAGUUCCGGAUCGAUAGGUCGACGCUUUUCCUUUCUUCGCGUAAAUACAAAAGAAAACGAGUCGCCACGAGACACUGUACCAUUAGAAUGUACGAUAAACGAUCGUGUUCUCUCGUGGGGACUCGUCGUUUCCUUAUUAUCAACGGUGCGCGCGGCAGGGGCGACGGGAACUUUCUUUUUACCGUGUAUAUAAAUAAAACGAUUGAUUCUCGUAGAUAAUUUCCAAGUGUAACGAUGCUUCGGUAGCGUUUGUUCGAGAAAUCGAGGAACCGCGAUUAGAAUAUAAGACGCGUGGAACUGCUGUUCCAAAGUAGCGGAUGUUAUUGCGUUAUUACUAUUCGAGAGAUUCGGGGGAAAAAACGAGAACGGGAAAGCUGACGACACUGUUCCGUAAGGACGUAUGGUUCUUUUCAAGAGAAAGCAUAAAAAAAUGUAGCUAUGGUUUCACGCAUUUACGACAUAUCAAUAUAUUCGUUUGUUUACUUCUUUUCGCUAGUAUUUUUGAAAGCGAAGGGGAACAGGCAGACAGUGUUCGCGACAGCUUCGUGGAAGAGAGGCUCCGCCAGCGACCCUGAAUUACCGAACGAAACGUAAUUCGCAAAGGACCAAAGUAAAUAGAGUACGUCCGUAAAUUCAUGGGCGUCGCAAACGAAUGUUCAAUCUCGUAUAAAGAGGGGCGCAGGAAAGUCGAGAUCGUCGCAAAACGCUCGUAAUACCGCAAUAACUAUCGGACCAUUCGACAACAAGAGUAUACCACAAACAGCAGAACGGGGAUUAACCCUUUAUUUAGACGAAGAGAUGCGGGCAAAAGCGAGUCAAGUAAUUCCUUAACGAGAUAUCCGAAGCUUUCUAUGUUCACGAUCGAGACACGUACGUUGACAAAAUUUUCACCGGGUAGAUUAUGCACGAUGAACGAUUGAGAGACAAUUAAGAGAAAUAAAGGGUUAACGUAACGGCCGGACUCCUGUAUCCAUUACACGUUAAAACGGUACUGACUGCGACAAAACCUAGUUAAAAGAAGCAAAAAAAAGAAAAAUGAAAAUAAUAAUAAUUAUAAUAAUAAUAAUAAUAAAAAUAGUAGUAGUUCGCGAAGUUGACUCAAAUAUCAAACCAACUUACACAAGUGUUAACGUAGAACAUAGUGAAAUACAAUCGCGCACGUACGAAAAGGAUUGAUAUCUCUCCAAAGAUGGAAAAAAAAUAAUGUCACGGAUCCCAGUGAUAUUAUACUUCAUAUGUUACAAACGAGCGUACUUUGCUACACUUUUUUUGUAAAUAUCUUACUGAGAAUACAAAACCAAUAUACUAUACAUACAUACAUACAUACAUAUACCGGCAAUCUAUCACAAUUUCGUGAACGUUCGAACAUGUUGUCUUGUUUUUAAGAAUACGUUACGUUGAUUGCGUAAGGAUGAAUUCGUUACUUUCUACAAAUACUUUGAGUCAAAUAAGCCUAAUAAAUUUGUCGCUCGCCCACAAUUCUACGAACGUCCACGAUCAAACUGAUUUUUUCGACCAGUCCUCUGACGCGUUCUUUUUUGUUCUUGUUCGAUAUAAUACCCGUCACGCAAGCAUUCUAUAUACGAUUACUAUACAUAUACUACCCGCGUACAGAAACGGUUCGCGAAAACAGUUGUAAAAAGAAAAAUAUACGUACACGAGACGGAGAUCGCCGUAAUAAAAUUAUUAUAGUAGUUACUAUAGAUCAGGCAUGUGCGAAUCCGUGGUUCGACCCAACCAAUUGUUAUACGAUUACUUUAUUUCUGAAUCUAGCAUCGUAGUCUAACGACAGUGAUAUAGUCUUCCUCGAUACGAUUGUUUUAACCCACUUCGACGCGAUAUAAAACCAUUGAUUUGCAUCGUUAUGCUCGAUCGGGAUACAUUCGCACAUACCUACCGUAGGUAAAUCGAUUUAAGGUUUCCUAUUCGUAACUCCGCAAGCAAAUUAAGAAACGAACAAAAAAUAAUAACGAAGAAAGCUGUCAGAUUCGAACGCUGCGUCUAAUGUAGGCUGUGCUUGACACAGCCUUGUAUAUACAGGGUGUCCCAAAAAUGUUGGAAGUCGUUGAAAGGGAUGGUUCGGGAGGUGAUUUGAAAUAACUUUUUCCUUAGCGAAAAUGUUGUCCGAGGCUUGGUUGAGGAGAUAUUAAUGGAAAACACUGACCAAUCAGAGCGCGAGUAUGCCGGUGUGGCGUAGGCUACUCGCUAGGCGGCUUCGCUCAUACGCUACCGCGGCCGCUCCACCGGCAUACUCGCGUUCUGAUUGGUCGGGGUUUUUCGUUAAUAUCUCCUUCAAUAACCCUCGGACAAUAUUUUCGCUAAGGAAAAAGUUGUUUCAAAUCACCUCCCGAACCACCCCUUUCAAGAUGUUACAACAUUUUUCGAACACCCUUAUAUUGACAAUAUUGUCAAUGGAGGCUCAUGAAAUGGUGUACUAUACAGGGUGUCCCAAAAAUGUUGUAACACCUUGAAAAGGGUGAUUCGGGGAGUGAUUUGAAACAACUUUUUCCUUAGCGAAAAUGUUGUCCGAGGCUUCGGUAAGAAGAUAUUAAGAAAAAACCCCGACCAAUCAGAGCGCGAGUAUGCCGAUGUAGCGCUCGUGGUAGCGUAUGAACGCAACCGCUUAGUGCGUAGCUUACGCUCCAUCCGCAUACUCGCGCUCUGAUUGGUCGGGGUUUUCCGUUAAUAUCUCCUUCAAUAACCCUCGGACAACAUUUUCGCUAAGGAAAAAGUUGUUUCAAAUCACCUCCCGAACCACCCCUUUCAACGACUUCCAACAUUUUUGGAACACCCUGUAUAUGUACGUUGCGUGUGUGUAUAGUGACCUAUCUUCAUACAUGCAUGCGAGUAUGUACGGUACACGUAAGAACAAAUGCAUACAAACGUACAUAAUGCACACACACGCACACACACACACAGACACAGACACCGUGUAUAAGGUCUAAUAAUCCCACACCUAUAUAGCGAAUAUUUAUGAAGAAAAAAAAGAAUUGUCCUUCGCGCAUAUUUAUUCCCCCUACAUCCAAUGAGAAGCAUAAUAAUUAUCGCGGUAAUAACACGAGGUUCGAUGUUGCGUACGACUUUCUAUUAUAUCGUAGAAUACCGCACGUCAUAGCAAAUGCAUCAGGUUCGUUCUGCAAACUUUGCGCGGGAACUCUGGGAAAUCAAUUUCAUUUGGAUGACGUUGACUGUUAAACUUUUAGCGCUGUCAAUUUUAAAUUCAUAGUCUCUCUAGAAUUUACCUGACACUUCCUCAAUCGCGACUCUCGUUUACGAUUUUUCUUUCGAACCAAGUACCGAGUAUUUAAAAACAUACCUUCGAUGUUACGAUAAGUACCAAGUAAAAAUUUCCAGAGCGACUCUGAUAAAUAUGCGUAUAAAAUUGUAUUUGGAGAGAACGAUAACCAUAGAAACGGUGCUAUUUAAGAAACAUCGGCGACUUUAGGUACCAUCGAAGAAACACAGUUGUAAACGUACUCGAAGCAGACUAUUUCCGAUUCUGUUCCUUCGCGAUCGUUAAUUUCCGUUCGACUGCACAAAUAUCAGGGUAAAAAAAAACUAUUUGUUUACGUGAACAAUUUGCGAACGAACGAACAUAAAGGCGUGGAUAGAAACUAACCGAAAAGAAUUCUUCAUUCUUCCGCACGAUUUAAUGUAACAUCGCUUGCGAGUGUAGUAUUUUUCCCGCCAAAAAAGUUACCAGGUCGUUGAUCGACCAACAUCGCAAACUCGUAUAAAUUCGUUUUACUACAAGCGAGACAAAUCCAUCCCCGAUAUCAUAAAAUUGGUAACACUUUUAUUUCGCGUAGUGUUUAUUACCAUCAUCUAUACUAUCAAUUACGAUUACUAUCCAAUAAAUUUCAGUACUUCGUGUGACUAGCGGAGUAUCGAACACGCGCGAAUUUUCAAACGCGUUUAAUUCUAAGUAAACACGACGAGGGGGCGCUACAAGAUAUCUCCUCGAUAUAAAGAUUCUAGCUUGGGGUACGUUGUGCUUGGGCGGUACCUCUGAGAUGUUUAAAAGAUAUUGACAAUAUAUAUACAUGUGAUUGACAGAAGGUCCCAUCACAGUUUUGUAAACUACAUCGUAUUUCUAUAGGAUUUACCAUUCGAGGAACGGAGGAAUUACGAAAGGGCACGCGAUAGUGAUUUCAGUGUGUAGCAAACAGAAGCACGUGAUCAGGUUACGAUAGAGAUGUUCGAACACGGAUGUACGAGAACCCAUUCGGAAUCGAACGUCCUUACGGCAGAUAAAAGAAAUGAGAAUGAUAAACCAGCACUUUUAACAGUAACUUCGUUGAUACUCUCUAAAUAUAAUUAAGAUAGAAUAGUGGUUUAUCGUACACUGGUUUGCUAUAUCGUAACAAACGAUUUCUAGAAAUAUGUAUCGGUUACUUCGGACUUUCGCGUGCGCUUCUCGUUUUCUUCGUUCCUCUGCUUUAGUAUUAUCGUAAAAGAACAAACGUUUUCCUUUAUUUUCUUUUGGUUACUUUUGUCUUCACUUUCCCUAUAUAUAUAUAUAUAUCUCUCUCUCUCUCGAUAAUACCGUACUAGAGAGUUCUGUGCAUAGAUACGUUUAUUGAAACUUUCUAUAACGAUACCGAAUUAUCGAUUCAGUGCACUACGAUCAAUUAAUUGAACCGUUCGUAUUCAUUUUCAACGUCUACUAGGCCAUGUUUCAAACCAGACCAGACUUCUAUUUUAUACCUGUAUUUCACGGUCAGGAUAUUAGAAUGAUUAUCCACUGCGCAUUAUUAUGUAUAUGUACAUUUUGUUUAAUAGAGAUAAUAUUUCAUA